AUGGUCGACGAUGCCUCACGACAGCUGCAGUCCGAUCUGCGCAGCGCUGUCCAGGAUGCGCUUUCGAGUCGACGCCCUGUCAUUCACCAUUUAAACGCAGAUACAUCGUGGCUUCUGCAGAUACCUCGACCCGCCAAUGCCGUAAAGCGAGGCGCGCGAUUCUACUACAACAUUUUGAUUGAUCCUUGGCUACAGGGUGGCCAGAGCGAUGUAGCCAGUUGGUUUUCGCAGCAAUUCCAUGCUACACCCAGUGCUGUAUCGUCUAUCGGGGCCUUGGAUGAACUCAUCUUUGAAAUAGAGAUUUUGGCGUCUGGUCCGCGGUCGCAUCUUGGUCGCAAAGCGACGUUUAACACAGAAGAAGAGCUUGGAAGGGAGAAGACUCUGAUUGAUGCUGCGGUCGUGUCGCACGAGUUCACCGACCACUGCCACAAAGAGACUCUUCUGGAGAUACAUCCCGAUGUCCCAGUAUUUGCAGCCAGAGAAGCGGCAAGGUUAAUACAAAGUUGGAAGCACUUCCGCUCUGUCAAUGUGGUCAACGUGUUCGGCAAAGGGGAUGACACGGACUGGCGCAGCACGAGCACGCCGCCAUUGCCAGAGUGGAUCGGGAUAAGCAGGCUAUUGUCCACAGACGAUGUGCUCUACUACCACGCCGCCCGGCAUCAUUCUGCGAUAGAACCCGACGAAGAUGAUGAACAUGCCGAAGUGAUCAUAUACACUCCGCAUGGAGUUCAGCAUGGCGAUUUAGCGAUUAUUCCUCAGGCGUCUCCGGCAUUGACGACGCUCGCCUUCUUGCAUGGGCUACACGACGUGCGUGUAGGAACGGCGACUGGGAGGACUGCGCUGCAACUCAAUCUAGGAGCUAUGAACGGGCUGAAGGCGCAAAGAACGCUCAAUGCACGCUAUUGGCUCGGGACACACGACGAGAUCAAGCGUGGUGGUGGACUUGUCGCGUGGUUCCUCCAACGGGACGUGAUCACGUUGAAGGAGGCUCUUGAGCAUGAGCGGAGCCAGCGUGAGCAUGGAGCCGAAGAUGCAGUCGGGGGAGAGAUUGGCAAAGUCUUGGACAGUUUCGACGACAUCAAUUGGGUCGAUUUGAAGAAUGGCGAGUCCAGAGUUUUGGUAUAG